GUGUAGUUUCAUUUCCGCACAUCACAUCUCACCGCGGAUCGUUGAACAGAAAAAGGGGGGAGCUUGAUUUCGGAUCGCUCUCUCCCUUUUUCAUAAUCUUCGCGAACCUCCUCCUCGCCUUUUCCCCAGCGCGGCGAAUUUAGAUUUCUUGUAGUUUAGGGUUUCAGAUCCCUUUUCUUCUCAUUCUUCUUCCGAUUCAUUGCUCAACUAACUCUGCGUCGCCCACCGACAUGACGAUUCCUAAUUCCGACGGUUUCUUCUCGGUGGCUAGCUGCUUACCCUGCACCCCUGAAGAAGAGAAAGAGACUAUCAAAAAACUAUUGAGAACCUCCGAAGCCAGUAUCAAGGAAGGUGAUCUGAACUACCUCGUUUCCCAAAGAUGGUGGAUGGAAUGGCAACAAUAUGUUGGUUUAGAUCAUUCUGAUGUCAAUUCCAGUCAGAGCGUUAUUAGCAUUCCUUUUAGACCUGGAGAGAUUGAUAAUUCUUGUCUUGUAUUGAAUGAAGCAUCAACACAAAGCAAUGAACUGGAUCUUAAAGAAGGCUUGCAGGAGGGGCAAGAUUACAUUUUAGUGCCACAAGAAGUUUGGAAGAAGCUUCUGGAAUGGUACCAUGGGGGACCAGAAUUACCUAGAAAAGUAAUAUCUGAGGGUUACACUAAUAAGAAGUUUAAUGUAGAAGUCUACCCUCUUUGUUUGCAAGUUGUUGAUGGAAGAGAUAUGUCAGAGAGAACUAUAAAGAUCAGUAGACAGGCUUCAGUUCUUGAGCUUUAUACAAUGAUAUGCAUGGUUUUUCAGCUGGAGCAUGAGAAGGUUUGCAUAUGGGACUAUUUCAACAACUGUAAGAAUCAACCGCUGACAAAAUUUAGUCAGACUCUUGAGGAAGCUCAGUUGUAUAUGAACCAUAAGGUUCUGUUGGAGAUUCAAGAUGAUAAUAGUCACUGCUCCAGUGGAACUUUAAGUUCAACUGGAAAUGAAUUGGCAUUGGUUCCAUUGGAACCAUCAAGGUCAUCCAUUACUAUUGCUGGUGGUCCUACAAUAUCUAACAGCUAUUCAACUGGAUUUUGCUCCAAUUUACUACAUGGGAGUAAUUAUAACACUUCAUUGCAUGAUUCUGAGGACAAUGAUGAUGCUUCAAAUAGCGGAUCGAAAGUUGAUGGACAAGGACUGACAGGACUGCAUAAUCUAGGGAACACAUGUUUCAUGAACAGCGCUCUUCAGUGUUUAGUGCAUACUCCUCCUCUUGUCAAUUAUUUUCUACAAGAUUACAGUGAGGAGAUAAACAAGGAAAAUCCCUUGGGAAUGCAAGGCGAACUUGCAAUUGUUUUUGGAGAAUUACUAAGGAAAUUGUGGUCAGCUGGACGCACAUCUUUAGCUCCACGUGCAUUUAAGGCAAAGCUUGCUCGGUUUGCUCCACAAUUUAGCGGUUAUAACCAACAUGAUUCUCAGGAACUUCUUGCUUUUCUAUUGGAUGGGUUGCAUGAAGAUUUGAACCGUGUAAGAAGUAAGCCUUACAUAGAAGCAAAAGAUGCAGAUGGCCGUCCUGAUGUGGAAUUUGCAGAAGAGUGUUGGAAAAAUCACAAAUCUCGAAAUGACUCCAUAAUUGUGGAUGUUUGCCAGGGCCAAUACAAAUCAACAUUGGUCUGCCCAGUCUGCAGCAAAGUUUCUGUGAUGUUUGACCCCUUUAUGUAUUUGUCGCUUCCACUACCUUCAACUGUUUCUAGAACAAUGACCGUGACUGUGUUCAGUGGUGAUGGGAGUUCUCUUCCAAUGCCUUUCACCGUAACAGUGCCAAAAAAUGGAUGUUGCAGAGACCUAAUUCAAGCACUGGGCACUGCUUCAUGCCUAAAACAAUCUGAGACAUUAUUGCUUGCGGAGAUUUAUGGGCACCGCAUAUUUCGCUAUUUUGAUAAACUUUCUGAGCCAUUAUCUAAUAUAAAAGAUGAGGAUCAUAUUGUUGCAUACACAGUUCCUAUACACCAUGGCCAAUUGCAGAAGCUAGAGAUUCUUCAUACUAGAGAAGAAGGAUUCUUAUCAGAACCUCAAUAUAAUGCCCAUGUGAAGGUUUUUGGAACACCACUGGUUACAUUUUUCUCAUUGAAUUCAAAAACUGGAUUGGAUAUCCAUUCUGCUGUUUGUUCUCUACUUGCACCACUGUUGCGAGCAAAUAUGAUGCCUUCUAGUACUGGAGUCAAAACCGGAAAAGAGAAUGAAUGUGGACCAAGCUUGGAUGCUAUUGUGCUUUCAGAUAAUGGAAUUCACUGCUCAAAAGAGAACUUGUUGAACAGCCAAAUGGAACUAGAAGAUACCAGUAAUUGUUUCCCUGCCCUUCAACUUGCCUUAGAAGAUGGGAAAGUCAUUGUUCCAACCACAGUUGAUGUUGUUCAGAAUACUUGCUCAGGAUCUUCCUUGAAGAUAAUGAUGGGCUGGUCAGACAAACUACAUGGAAUAUAUGAUUUUCAUUUCCUUGAGAAUCUACCUGAAGUGUUCAAAUCUGGUUUCAUGUUGAAGAAAACACGACAAGAAGCAGUCACUUUAUAUUCGUGCUUGGAAGCAUUCUUAAAGGAAGAACCUCUAGGGCCUGAUGAUAUGUGGUACUGCCCCAAGUGCAAGGAACAUAGGCAAGCAACUAAGAAGCUUGAUUUAUGGAAAUUACCAGAUAUUUUGGUUGUUCACUUGAAACGAUUUUCCUACAGCCGAUUCAUGAAAAACAAACUUGAUACAUUUGUGAAUUUUCCUGUUCACAAUCUUGAUUUGACCAAAUAUGUUCAGCAAAAGAUUGGUAUUCCACAGUCUUUUAUCUAUGAACUCUAUGCAGUAAGCAAUCACUAUGGAGGCUUAGGUGGAGGUCACUACUCUGCUUAUGCUAAGCUAAUUGAAGAAGACAGCUGGUACCAUUUCGAUGAUAGUCAUGUUUCCUCUGUAAAGGAAGAAGAAAUCAAGACAUCAGCAGCUUACGUCCUAUUUUAUCAGAGAGUAAGAUGUGAUUCCAGUACAAGUGGCAAAAAGAUUAACUAGAACAGAUUCAGCUUUGUAAAAUCUAUUUCAAGUGGCAAUCUAUUUGGCUUUUUUUUAUCAUGAUUCUUUCAACCUCAAAGUGGAAAACUACCAUGGCUCUACCUUCACUGAAAAAAAUGUGAGUAAUAUGGGCCAUAUGGAAGGUGGUUUUGUUCAUUAGUUCUCUUCCACUGCAUAUCACAUCCAUCAAGAAGCGUUUUUUUGCAUAUAGCAGAUUCUGCAAUUUGUGGAAGGGACGAGAUCAACUUUUUACAUUUUAGAAAUUUUGGAAGUAUGAAAUGAUAAUCUUAAUCUUAUACGAGUUAAGAAUCAUUUUGAAUUUGGAUAUCAUAGAAGUUUUCAUCUGUUGUUGUUGCCAUUGCUUUGUUCAGUAUCUAAGAAAAUUGUGCCAUCACACCAUUUUGUCA